CAAACCGUCGUCGUGGUCAACCUGCACAUGGAAACACCACUGGCGAGACCGGCACCAGUCGCAGAUGUCGAGGAGAGUAGAACGAAGCGUCAUCAACGACAACAGUCCAGGUUUCGCGAUCGUGGCGGAAUUUUCGUCCCCAAACAACCCAACACCAACUUGCUCGACAUUCUCAUGGGGAGUAAGGCCGUGUCUCCUGCUAAACGAAGGUCGCCAACACGCAGUCGAAGCCGGAGCGUCUCCAUGUCUCCUACGAAGGCAAGGAUGAGGCGGAGUACAGCGAGGAAGAGCGGUGUUGGUGCGGCGAGGAAGAGUGUCGGUGGCAAGGCCAAGCCCCGCAAAUCCACAGUCGAGCCUCCGCCAAUUGCCGGUCCAUCUCGCCUUGCCACAGACCCGCUGAAGAAGAAAGCAGCCGCAACUUCUCGCAAAGGCAAGAAGACAGAGACUGAGAGCGGUGCCGACGAUCCUCCUCCCAAACCCACUAAAGUACCUAAAUCUAAACCUGAGCUACUCGAAGACGAAGACGACGAGGAUGAGCCCGUUCCUGCGAAGAAGCGCACAGCAACUGCGAAAGUCAAAUCCAAGGCUAAACUCAGGCCGGAUGACAAAGUAGAGGUCGUUGCUAAACCAAAGGCAAAACCCAAACCUCGAGCCAAGACGAAACCAAAAGACCUCGAUCCAGACGAGGACCCACCUCCUAGGGCGAAAACUUCGCGGACCGCCAAAUCCAGGGCCGAAAGCACGUACGCAGAACUCUCAGAUGACGAGAAUGACGAAAUUCAACUCAAGCGCAAGCCAAAAACUGCCACGAAAUCUGGUACCAAAGGCGCGACUUCAAGUUCAACCAAAAAACGAGCCGCUUCAGAGGACGAUCAGGGAGACGAGCCGCCUACAAAGCGCGCACGCAAAGUUACCAAACCCUCAAGUUCCAAAGCAAAGGAACCAGAACCAGUGGAGGAGAAAGAGCCAAAGAAACAUAGCGGCACCAGGCUCGAGGCUAUCCCAGAAGAAGAGGAGAAUGAAUUGGUCGAAGAAGCGUCGGCUUCAAAAACUCCUGCUCUUUCCGCUUUCGAAUCAGAGCUUCAAGCCAACGACGUUCCGACACCACUGAAGAAGAAACGGUCACGAGAAGUCGAUGGCGAAGGAGGCGAGCCGGUAAAGCGCAAACGGAAGAAGAUGGCUGAGCAGGAGAACGACGAUGUGGGCCCGACACCUCAGACGAAGUCGAAAAAACGAACAGUUACUACCAAAUCUACCACUAAGAAAAGCAAAAGCACAAGUCGCGCUCUCAAAGAAAAUGCUGCAACCAAACCAGUAGCAACGAAAGGCAAGAAUAAGGAGAUAGCGUCCUCCACUACGACAGUAGUCAAACGCCGCGGGCUACCUCAAGCUGUUCUCGACAUGCUUCGCCAACGCGCAGAAACGCAGGUUGAGCCAGCAAUGGACGAUGAACGUGACGAGAUUGAUUUUUUGUCGUAG